AUGCAAAUUUAUUGCUGUCAACAUUUUCCUCUUGGCCAAGAAGAAAGACCUAAGCCUAAUGAUGCCCUCGCAUAUUGGGAUGAGGAGAAGGUUAUUGAAAGAGUAAAAGUAGAGAAGAAGAGCAUUCAGGGUAUUUUGCAUGAUCUCAUGAGUAUAGAUGGUAGUUCAUCUAUCAAGUUUUCUCCAACAUGCUUUCAGUCACUUGGUGAGAAGUUGAUGGACCUACAAUUUAAGCUUCUAGGAAAUUCAAAAAAGGUUGAAAAGACAAAAGGAGAGGGUGAUGAAAUAGAUAAAGAAGCGCAUGAGAAUUCUAAAGAGGGUGAAGAAAAAGAUAAAGAACCUGAUGAAGAACAUUUGGAAGAGGGUGAAGAAAAAGAUGAAAAAGCAGAUGAGAAAAAUGAUGAAGAGGGUGAAGGGGAUGAAGAAGAGGGAGAAGAAAAGGAAGCAGAAGGGAAAGGAGAGGUGUAA